UGCUGGCCGAGGGCGUGGAGGGAGCGCGGAGGCGACAGACCCCGAUGCCGGCGGCCAACAUGAUGGAGAACCUGCAGUUGCCCGCCCUGCAGGUGCCCGAGCCGCAGGGCGCGCAGGAGAGCAGCCCGGUCUGGUCCAGCUCGUCUACCCCCACGCUCCGCCGCCGGCGCUUCAAGAUGCGCCGGAUGAAGAACGUGCAGGAGCAGAGCCUGGAGGCCGGGUUAGCGCAGGACCUGCCUGUCGUCUUGGCUCCUGGUAAGGAGUUCCUGCAGCUGCCGUCCAUCGAGAUUACGCCCUCCAGCGACGAGGACACCCCGUGGUCCAACUGCUCCACACCCAGCGCUUCCCCGCGCCGAAAGCGCUUCCUUCUCCGCAAGUGGCUGAGGGUGAGGGAGCGGAAGGAGUGCAGUGAAAGCAGCAGCCAGCAGAGCAGCCAGCAGAGCAGCCAUGAUGACGAUUCGAGCAGGUUCCUGAGCCCUCGAGUGCGGGAAGAAAGCACUGCCAGUAACUCCAACCGCAGCACGCCGGCCUGCUCCCCCAUCCUCCGGAAGAGGUCUCGAUCACCAACCCCGCAGAACCAGGACGGAGACACCAUGGUGGAGAAGGGCUCAGAUCAUUCCUCGGACAAGUCCCCAUCCACCCCGGAGCAGGGUGUGCAGCGCAGCUGUUCCUCACAGUCCGGCAGGAGUGGUGGCAAAAAUUCCAAGAAAAGCCAGAGUUGGUACAACGUGUUAAGCCCCACUUACAAGCAGAGAAAUGAAGACUUCAGAAAGCUCUUUAAGCAACUUCCAGACACGGAGCGCCUCAUUGUUGAUUACUCAUGUGCACUCCAAAGAGACAUUCUUCUUCAGGGCCGACUCUACCUCUCAGAAAAUUGGAUCUGCUUCUACAGCAACAUCUUCCGCUGGGAAACUCUGCUGACAGUCCGUUUGAAAGAUAUCUGCUCCAUGACAAAAGAAAAAACAGCUCGCCUCAUCCCCAAUGCUAUCCAAGUUUGCACUGAUUCAGAAAAGCACUUUUUCACUUCUUUUGGGGCCCGGGAUAGAACCUAUAUGAUGAUGUUCCGGCUCUGGCAGAAUGCUCUCCUUGAGAAGCCCUUGUGCCCCAAGGAGCUCUGGCACUUUGUACACCAGUGCUAUGGGAAUGAGCUGGGCCUGACCAGUGACGACGAGGACUACGUGCCCCCUGACGAUGACUUCAACACUAUGGGCUACUGUGAGGAAAUCCCUGUAGAAGAGAAUGAAGUGAAUGACAGCUCUUCCAAAAGCAGCAUCGAGACCAAGCCAGACGCCAGCCCACAGCUGCCCAAGAAAUCCAUCACCAACAGCACCCUGACAUCCACUGGAAGCAGCGAAGCCCCSGUAUCGUUUGAUGGCCUGCCCCUGGAGGAGGAGGUGUUGGAGGGCGAUGGGACUCUGGAGAAAGAGCUUGCUAUUGACAACAUCAUCGGGGAAAAGAUUGAGAUCAUCGCGCCCGUGAACUCCCCUUCAUUGGACUUCAAUGACAAUGAGGACAUCCCCACCGAGCUUAGUGACUCUUCAGACACUCAUGAUGAAGGGGAGGUCCAGGCCUUCUAUGAAGACUUGAGUGGCCGGCAGUACGUGAAUGAGGUUUUCAACUUCAGUGUGGACAAGCUGUAUGACCUUCUCUUCACCAACUCGCCCUUCCUGAGGGAUUUUAUGGAGCAGCGGAGAUUCUCUGAUAUCAUCUUCCAUCCAUGGAAAAAGGAAGAGAAUGGAAACCAGAGCCGAGUGAUUCUUUAUACCAUCACCCUUACCAAUCCCCUAGCUCCCAAAACUGCCACUGUCAGGGAGACACAGACCAUGUACAAGGCGAGCCAGGAGAGCGAAUGUUACGUGGUAGACGCGGAGGUCCUCACCCACGACGUGCCCUACCACGACUACUUCUACACCAUCAAUCGCUACACACUCACUCGCGUAGCCCGGAACAAGAGUCGACUCAGGGUCUCUACAGAGCUGCGAUACCGAAAACAGCCCUGGGGGUUAGUAAAAACCUUUAUCGAGAAGAACUUCUGGAGUGGGCUGGAGGACUACUUCCGCCAUUUAGAGAGUGAGUUAACCAAAACGGAGAGUACCUACCUGGCUGAGAUGCACAGACAGUCUCCCAAGGAGAAGGCCAGCAAGCCCCAGACCGUGCGGAGGAGAAAGCGUCCCCAUGCCCACCUGCGGGUACCUCACCUGGAAGAAGUAAUGAGCCCCGUCACCACACCCACCGAUGAAGAUGUGGGCCACAGGAUCAAGCACGUGGCAGGUUCCACGCAGACACGGCAUAUUCCCGAAGACACUCCCAACGGUUUCCACCUGCAGAGUGUUUCUAAGCUGCUGCUGGUUAUCAGCUGUGUUCUGGUGCUGCUGGUCAUCCUUAACAUGAUGCUCUUCUACAAGCUCUGGAUGUUGGAAUACACCACCCAGACCCUCACUGCCUGGCAGGGUCUAAGGCUCCAAGAAAGGUUACCCCAGUCUCAGACAGAAUGGGCCCAGCUCUUAGAGUCCCAACAAAAGUACCAUGAUACUGAGCUCCAAAAGUGGAGGGAGAUCAUCAAAUCCUCAGUGAUGCUCCUAGACCAGAUGAAGGACUCACUCAUCAAUCUUCAGAACGGCAUCAGGUCCCGGGACUACACGUCUGAAAGCGAAGAGAAGAGGAACCGUUAUCAUUGACAAGGCAGGAACAGGGGUGGCUGGCUGCAAGAGGCCUGUGCAAUACAUUUUUAGUCUGAGAAGGGCACUUUCUUUGAACCCUCUCGAAGCUGGGAGGAGAAGGAUAAUGGUGAGAAGAGCACCAUCUUCAACUGAGUUCAUCUGCCAUCUUUGGCACUUUGAAGCCUUUCAUCUCUAUACCCUUCCUCCUCGUGGACAGAGGAGUCAGUGGAGAAAARCCAUUUCCUGUUCUAACUUUUCUCUUUGGCACAACCAAAUCCAUGUUGGGGUUGGUUGAAGUAUGAGGCUUGGCUAAAGGCUUGGGUUGUUUUGGGCACUGGCAAUAAGAACUUGGGAUUGCAAGGAGUGGAGUGGACCAAGAGACUUCAAGGAAAGCUAUCUCAGAAGUGGAUUAUUUCCAUGUCCCUGUCUCCCACUCCCACUUGGACUGUACAAAUUGCCUUUGCAAGUAGCGUUUCUAGGAUCAGAUCUUGGAGAAAUGAAUAAGGGAAGAAUAUUUCUGGAUUGCUUGCAGUCUCCGAAGGGUCCUUUCUGUGCCAUACCAUGACACUUUUGUAGCUCUGCAGGGCAUUCAAAGAUAGCCUGUUCCCACUAGGGCCCCCAGGAGAAAUAGCACUUUUCUCUCUUCUCCCAGGAGGCAGGGCUGUGGUCUCCCUCCCUAUACCCCUARACCCCACCUGCCUACUCUAGUAGGAAUCUCAAGGAUGUUCUUCUGACUCUUUCCCUGCUCCUCCCAUCUCUAGGCUGUGGGACAAUCAUCCCAUUUACCCCUUGACAUUGACAUCCUCRACCCUCAUCCCCCAACCUCCAGCAGGCUGGCCCUACUCCCUUCCACCUCUGUCUUCUUCCAGAAGAUGCAUUUUGAGUCCAAGAGGAGUGUUUUUCUGGAAGGCCAUCAUUCAACGCCCCUGCUUCCCUGAUGUGGAGCAGGAAUUUGCACAUGGUGUAGAGAGCUCCCCCUCCCACCUCUCUGCCCAGCCUUGUUACCUCACUCCUGCUCCGGCCAUGGCUGUGAUGGGCCCAGCCAGCUCCCUGUCUUGGUGUUGUGUGUGACAGCUCAGGGGUCUUGUGACUCAAGGUCCUCAGCAGGCCUGGGAGCCCGGAUUGGAGCCUUGGCUGCUGGUGAGAAGCACCUUGCCUGCCAAGAUUUGCUGAUGCCAGACGAUCUCCCCAACAUUUGAAGGCCUAAAGGACAUUGUCAUCUCGGCCCCUUGGCCCUCCUUGCUUCUCUCAACACAAUAAGACAUUGCAGAAACAAAAUGGCGGCCUAYGCUCCAGGCACGACAGCAGGCUCUGUCUGGGGACUUGGCCCUGGGUUUGUGUGCCGUGUGCAGAGAUUGCACAGUAAAAGCAACCAUUUUUGCCAACAAGAAUGUGUGGCUSCCCACAUUCCCCUACCCUGCACUCUAGGGCCAGACCACUCUCUGCAUGGACCAGACCAUCUUCCCAAACCCAUGGUGCUUUUUUCCCCCCCACUCAACCUAGACUCCAAGGUGGGAAGGGAUGAAUCAGAGGCCUUAGCGGCCCCUGGAUAAUCCUGACAUGGGGUGGAGUGGGGUGAGGCAGUGGGAGGAGCCCCCAAUACUUGCACUGGGCCAUAUGUGGGAAGGCUGAUUGCAUUUGAGUUGUCUGGCCAUCCGUAUUUGGAUCUAUAACUGUACUUUGCCUGGCGCUGUGCGCAAGGUCUGAAAACUUACUGCUAGUACCUAGA